AUCGCCAUGUGACCAGGAGCGAUGUGCGCGGGGGGUGCCGGGAAGGUUUCUGAGGCGCUAGCGGGCGAAGAGGAGGGUUACUCCGUUGGAGUCCGAACCACGCGCUGAGGCGGGAGGGGGCCGACCUAGAUGUGAAUUACUGCAAUGAGUAAACGUAAGUCAAAGGAGACAAGCUCUGUAAAUGGAGAAUGCAUCUCACAGGUACAAAGAAUUUUACGUGAAAGAUUUUGUCACCAGUGCCCUAAUGGAAAACUGUUCGGGGUUCAACUUCAGUACAAUGUAUUCUUCCCUCUCAAUGGAAGACUUUCAGUUAACAUUAACGCCCAUACAUUGACAAUGGGAAAGAAGAGAGAAAAACAUCUACUGGAGCUGCUGAAACGAACUACUAUCCAUGGAGAAAGUAACUCUGCACUUAUUAUUGGACCCCGUGGAUCAGGAAAGACUAUGUUAUUAAAUCAUGUUUUAAAAGAGCUCAUGGAAGUAAAGCAAGUGAGGGAGAACCUCUUGCAAGUUCAUCUAAAUGGACUCUUACAGACAAAUGAUAAAAUAGCUCUCAAGGAGAUCACAAGACAGCUACAAAUGGAAAAUGUGGUUGGAGACAAAGUUUUUGGCAGUUUUGCUGAAAACCUUGCAUUUCUUCUUGACGCUUUAAAGAAAGGUGACCGAGAUAGCAGUUGUCCAGUGCUGUUUAUACUGGAUGAAUUUGACCUCUUUGUUCAUCACAAGAACCAGACAUUACUGUAUAACCUUUUUGAUAUAUCCCAGUCAGCACAGACUCCAGUAACGGUUAUUGGACUUACAUGCAGACAAGAUAUUCUGGAACUCCUGGAAAAGAGAGUGAAGUCAAGGUUCUCCCACCGACAGAUAUAUUUGAUGAAUUCAUUUGAUUUUAAACAAUAUCUUAGAAUAUUUAAAGAACAGUUAUAUCUACCUGCAGAGUUUCUAUACAAGCCUUUCAUACAGAAAUGGAAUAAGAAUGUUCAGUCUCUUUCAGAAGACAGAACAGUGCAAGAUGUGCUACGAAAUCAUUUCCACUGCAGCAAAGACCUGCGAUCACUUCACAUGCUAUUGAUGCUUGCUUUAAGUAGCAUAACAAUAUCUCACCCAUUUAUGACUGGAUCAGAUCUUCUUGAAGCAAGCAAAUUGUGCAGAAUGGACUCAAAAGCAAACAUUGUACAUGGUUUGUCUGUGCUGGAAAUCUGCCUAAUUAUAGCUAUGAAACAUUUAAAUGAUGUUUAUGAAGGAGAGCCAUUUAAUUUUCAAAUGGUCUAUAAUGAAUUUCAGAAGUUCAUACAACGGAAAGCACAUUCGCUGUACAACUUUGAGAAACCUGUUGUUAUGAAGGUGUACUGGUCUGUCAGUGAGUCUUCUUCAUACCUGCAUCUUUUGGACAUAAAACUAGACCUAUCACUCACUAGCAGAAAAGGGUGUGGUCCAGCCCCUGAAGACCCUGUCAGUUUGUCUGUUUUGGCAGAUCCGGACCUCUCUGCUACCAGAGCAGGGGGGCGGGGGGGAAAAAAGCUGCCACUCCUCACUUCAACCCCUGAAUGAGUUAUUUUCUCUCUGGCCCUUCUUUAGAGUUGUAUGAGACUCCAGCCUUUCAUCUUCAGUUUCUAGUCCCCCUGCUCACCUUCACAAAAAUACAGCAUGGGGGAUAAACUGAUUUCUUUUGACCCCCAAAUUCUCAAACUGAAUUGGCCUUCAAGUGUGGCCACACCCCUUUGUGCCAGUGACAGACAGGUAUGGCUGUGCCUGGAAAAGUGCAAGUUGCCUGAAGAGCCCUCAUAACAGAUCUGUGGACCAUAGUCCUUGGGAGGAAAGUAGUAUAUGUAAGUACGAAUUUUUUCCUCUUCCAUAAGGGUGCAGCCCUUGACUGAACUGUUUUUUAUAUAUUCAUUACCUCUGGGGAAUGAAAAGAUGAUUAAGUUUAUUUGCUCCAAGACUGUACUGUUAGUCUCACCUUAUUAAGGGAGCCUGGCUUUAUAGGUUUAAAAAUAACUACUCAGAUUUCUGAAAUUCUUGUAAGUUGUGGUGGGUGAAUUACUUGUGGGAUAACCUUCACAACUGAUUCAUCCAUUUGCUGCUACUCUUGGGGGAAAUAACUGCCCCAAACUGAAAGGCGUCUCUACCACCCAUGUAGUCUAUAUCAGAUGAUAAAUCUAGCUAUUGCCAUUCAAGUUCCAGAAAUCAAACAAGUCGUGAAAUGCAGAGUUCAAUUUAUAAGCGUAGUAUCUCCUUCCUUACUGAGUUAUGCAAAAAAUCCUCUAGAAAUAAUUUGUAUUAAGUUUAAUGGUACAUUAUAUGCCUUUAAACUAUCUGGUUUAUUAAUCUUUAAUACUGUAAAUUCUAUCAAUCUGGCUUGGGUUGUUUUAAGUUUGAGAUAUAAAAUUUAAUGAAAUUCAAAUGUGUAUAAUUUAAAUGCUACUCAUGGCCUAGAGUUCAAGAUAGACCACCCUUUUCACUUCUCCACUUCUAGAUGAGCUCAAGCAACUGACCACUCACUAUUUAAUCUUACCUAAGCUUUGUCUUAGUUGAUUUUUGUUCAGUUUAACCAAGUUCAUAGCUACAAGUUACUAAAUGAUUCUCCAAAACAUUGACAAAAGGCUAUAUAUUCUGUACUUACUGUGAGGAAGUGCAAAAAUGACACGUUCAAAACUAGUAAACCACUUUUUCAAGCUUGUAUUGAUCCUCUGGAGAUCUGGAAAGCCAGUCAGGUUUGAACAAAAUCCAUUCAACCAGGGGAGUUGUGUAUACAAAAUUUGAUGGGAACAUAUUGAACUUAGUGUAUCCUGCUCAGACUUUUUGAAAAAUCCCAGUUAGUAUAUCAAGCCCAGAAAACUUAAAUGCCCUGGUUCUCGCAAAAACUGAAUAACUGAAAUGAGUAUAAGCAACUGUAUUUGUCUAUAGUAGUUGAUACUACUUCUGUAAUGUGGGCUAUUCAUAAUGGUUGU